AAAAAUCAUGUGAAUGUUCGAUGAGAAAAUUUUUUUUUUUCAAAAUUUCCAAAAAAUAAACCAUUUUUCUUCUUGUUUGAUAAAAAAUGAUCAUUUUCAGUAAUGAUUUUCGUAAUUAUUCCAAUGAAAUAAUCAAUUUAAAGGUGGAAAAAUUUUUCAAUGAAAAUCAACAUUAUAAAUUGACAAUCAAACGAUAUAAAUGUUUAUGGUUUCGUAGAAUUUUUUUCAUCAUUUUUUUGAUAUUUAUUAUCAUUAAUUUAUGGCUAUUUCAACAACAAAAUUUAACGCUCUCACUAUUCACCAUUCUGAUCAUAACAUUCAUAACGUUGAUUUACAUUUUUCAGCCGGUUGUUGAAGAAUCAGUCAUUUUAUUUGAUAAUUUUCAAGGUAUUGAAUAUGAAAAAAAAUAUCUAUUUCAAAAAAAAUCCAAUUGUAUUUUUAUCAAUACAAAUAAUGUGAUAAUCAAUGAAGCUAUUACAAUGCAAAAAGUAAUUUUCUAUCUGAUUGCCAUACCGGUUGAUAUUCGACAUUUAGUAUUACGGGAUUCGGAAUAUACCACCAUCGAUCAUCAUCAAUCAAAUAAUGAUCAAGCCAAUCGAAUUUAUACCGAACAAAUGAAUUUGAUUCCAUUAUUCAUACAUACAUUACCAUGCUUGGAUUGUUUAAAAAUUAUCUAUAAUUUUAUUAUACAAUUUCGUAAUAAUCAAAGAGAAAAUGAAAUGAAAAUUUAUUCAUAAAUUAUAAUUUUUGAGCAAAAA